AUGUCGAAAACGGAAACCAUGAAGGCGGUCGUGUACCAAGAGCCAUUCGAGGUCACAAUCGAGGACCGCCCACUUCCAAAGCUCACACAUCCUGAUGAAGCUAUUAUCAAAGUAACCACCGCAGCAAUUUGCGGAUCUGAUUUACAUAUGUAUCAAGGAAGAACUGCAGCCGAAGGAGGAUUAUGUUUUGGACACGAGAAUAUGGGAACCAUCGUCGAAGUUGGACAGGGUGUCAGUCUGGUCAAGAAAGGAGACCGAGUUGUCAUGCCUUUUAACGUAGCUGAUGGGAGAUGUCAAAACUGCGAGGAAGGUUAUACGGCUUUCUGUACCGGAGUCAAUCCCGGGUUUGCCGGUGGAGCAUACGGCUAUGUCGCAAUGGGUCCCUAUGAAGGUGGUCAAGCUCAAUAUGUCAAGGUCCCAUUUGCAGAUUUCAACUGUUUAACAUUACCAGCCGGUACGGCAAACGAAGCCGAUUUCAUCCUUCUUGCCGAUAUCUUCCCAACAGGAUGGCAUGGUGUGGUCAUCUCAGGCUUCCAAUCCGGCGAAUCAAUAGCAGUCUUUGGUGCUGGACCUGUCGGACUGAUGGCAGCAUACAGCGCUACUCUACGAGGUGCAAGUGCUGUAUACGUCGUUGACUCAGUUCCAGAAAGAUUAGCAGCUGCAGAGAAGAUUGGAUGUAUUCCAAUUAACUUCACCAAGGGAGAUGCAGUUGAAGCUAUCAUCAAAAAGAAUGGAGGUAUGGUCGAUCGAAGUGUCGAUGCUGUUGGUUAUCAAGCUUCUGGUGAUGAGAAGAAGGAGAUGCCAUCAAUCGUUCUCGAGAACUGUAUUAAGGUCACAAGACCUACUGGCGGAAUUGGUGUUCCAGGCUUGUAUGUACCAAGCGAUCCAGGAGCUCCAGACGAGAACUCUGGAAAGGGCAUGCUGUUGAUUAGUUUUGGAAAACUGUUCGAGAAGGGACUGACUAUCGGUACUGGUCAGUGUAAUGUCAAGAAGUACAAUCGGUACCUAAGAGACAUGAUCAUUUCUGGCAAAGCGAAGCCUUCUUUCGUCGUCUCUCAUAACAUCUCCAUUGAUGAGGCACCAACUGCUUACGGGAAAUUCGAUAGAAGAGAGGAUGGAUAUACCAAAGUUUUGAUUCAUCCUAACGGUCCAAUAGAGUAA